AUGAAGUUUUCCAAGACAACUGCUCUGACCAGUUUGGCUUUAGCUCAAAUGACACGAGGGGCCUUAUUUGAUGCAGCCCAGAUAGACCAACCAUCCAUAUUGGAGCCCAUUUUCAUUUAUGGCCAAUUUGACUCUAUUUCUAAUUAUUCUGAUGUUUCCAAAUACAACCUCACAACAGGAAAUCAUGGGCUGUGGGCACUGAGUGCCAUUAAUGACUCGAUUAUCCAACUGGAGACCACUACGGCUACCAAAGUGUUUAAUUUUAAUGAUACGUCUUUUAUCUACCUUGUCGACGGCCAGCCGUUUAUAUACGACAUCGAAGCAAAAAACAGUACACCUGUGCGAAAUUGGGACCAAGUUGAAGGCAAUGUCUCCAGCGUUCUUCUUGAUAAUGACGAGGUCUAUUUUGGUGGAGAUCUCUCUUAUAACAACGAGUUCGGUGUGGUUGUAUACAACCUUUCGAAUGAUACGCUGACAGGUACUCUGUUCGGCGGUUUUAAUGGCACAGUGAACAGUAUGAUACAUGGCAGCAACAAAAGCAUCAUUUUUGGAGGACAAUUUGACUCCAUCGGCUUCCCAGACAUUUUGGCUACCAACGGGAGCAACUCGACGCUGGUAGACCCAGAUCAGUUGAUCAGUUUAAAGUACGCCCAGAUAUCAAGCUCCUCCGGCUCAGGAGCACAAACAAUUGUCUGUCCGUCGGACUCAGCCCAGUGGAAGCUGGGGGAGGACGAACAGGGGUCGUGGUCGGCAGCACUGCCGAAUGCUGUGCAGCCGUCCAAAAUACGGCUUUACAAUCUACCCGACGGAAACGGCGUGAGUCUUUUCAGGGUGAUAACGGAGCCGGCCAACGGAAUUAUGAAUAUGUCAUAUGUUGAUCCUGACACGCUUGGGACGCGGUACUGCGAUGCCUGGUGCCCGCUGCUCCCGAAUACUAAUUUAUCAGCUUCAAUAGCGCAGCACAAGGAAAUGGUCAACAGUGGAAUUUACACUGCUGCAAGCAAUGUGACAGCUGGCUGGAUCGGAUUUGGAGAAAACUACCAGGAAUUUGAAUUCGUCAAUCCUCUGCAGGUCAGUGAAAUAUCAAUCCAAGUUCUUGACAAUUAUGGCAGCUACGCAGGAUUAUCUGGUUUUGAGAUGUUCCAGUAUGGAACUACGAUUUACGCUAAUAACACACUAAACGAGCCAACAUGCUCCAACAUCGAGAGCUACUCACGAGCGUCCAAUUUGGGUGACGUGGACUGGACUUCCGCGCCAGGCUAUUUGACCACCACCAUCGGCAACUCAGAUAUCAACGCCCAAGGCAUCAGAUACCACCUCAAUAUUACCUACUCCGGAAACUACUCCGUCUACCUAUACACACCAGGCUGCUUGGGAGACGAUUCCUGCGGCGAAAGAGGAAUUGUCAAUGCGUCUUUCUACAACAGUGCCGAGCUCCUGAGCAGUAAACUGGUCUAUCAAACCAACAAUGAGGAAAAAUACGACAUAAUAUACUCCGGCUACGUUGAUAUGGAAGCCGGCUCCCAAGCACAUCUCGACGUCACAUUUGACUCUGCACUAUACAGCGAUCAUGUCACCUUUGUCGCAGGCUCGGUGUAUGCUGAGUUUGUUGGUCUGGAUAUCAAGAAGGAGAUAAGGAAUAAGUUGAAUGGUCUCUUUGAAUAUCGACCAGGAUCCGAAGGACCGUUCGGUAACUCUUCCAUUGAUUUGCUGGGACAGAAUUUGACAGCAAACGCAAAUGUCACCGGCUUGUAUCUCAACGAUACUGUGCUCUACGUUGCUGGGGAUUUUGAGUCAGACUACGGCGAAAAUUUGAUUGCCUUCGACACCAGGACGGCGGGCUUUAAUGACAUUUCCAAUGUAAGCGACCCUGUGAGCCAGAUCCUAGCUGUUGAUACGGAUCUAGUUCUGGUUUCGGAAGAUCAAAAAGUGGGGCUGUUCAACGGUAGCUACCACGAACUGGCAGCACCUGACCACCCUUUUUCUGCGGCGACGUUCGACUACAACUCGUCUGAGUACAUCUCGCUCAUUUCAGAGAAUAACGCCUCAGUAUACGACUACGCCAAACAGGUUUGGACUACGUCUGACCUCCUCAGGCCCGAUAUCUCAAACGCUAUCAAAAUUGACGAUGUCGACUUCGCCGUGGGACAGGUUGUCAAAUACGAUGCCAGAUCAAUCAAUGUCGCGCAAAUCAGAAACGGGUCUACCUUUUCUCUGGACUCAAUCAGAUCUGGAGAAGUCAACGCGGCAAUCAAUUUGAACGGGACACUGAUUUUGGGUGGAAAUUUCACCACCACAGACGAAAAGAGAAACUUUGUGAUUGUCAACGGUACCACCCCCAACAUUACAUUUAGCGACAACUCGGCUGUGAGAGCGCUGUACAGCUACAAAGAUGCCAUUUACGUGGCCUUCGAUGGAAUGGCGUCCAUUGAUGGCACCUCCGGCUCCAGCUUGUGGGUGUAUAACACCACCUCACAGGCUCAUGUUUUCAUGUCCGACAGAUUGACGGGAAGCGUCACUGCUCUUGGCGUCAAUCCAAAAGAUAGUAGCGUGGUGCUUGGAGGAAACUUCACAUCCAGUCGGUGCAGUUAUCUGUGUCUCUUCGACCCGCGGAACAGGACGCUAUCUGCGCCUUCUAGCCAGGUUUCUGGAGAAGUGACAUAUCUACAAUACUUGGACACUCUGAGCAUUCUGGUGAGUACCAACUCGCCUGAACCGUCUUUCAGGCUUCUCAACCUCAGCACGUCCUCUGUCGAACCUGCGGAUUACCUUGAUAACAUCUCCUUACCGGGCAACGUCAAGAAAUUUAUGGUUGCCGGGUCGCAUCUUAAUGACACGGUGAUUGUCAUGGGCGAUACCUACAUCGGCUCAAUCAAAGGAAGCAGCUAUAGCCAAAUUGGGGAAUUUGGGUCUAACAGCACGUUUACUGACUUUGAGCUGGUCAACUCUUCCGUUUCGUUCGUCAACAACCAGAUUUUGGUAGCUGCAGGAAAAAUCGUGCUUCCCGCGUACGGUGUUGCAGAUCUCGCCGCAUACAAUGGAAAGUCUUGGGUCCCGCUUGUCACCGCGGGGCAAUCCUUCAACUCGACUUUGGCCACAGUGAAAGGAGUGGUGAAAAGCUUCAGAACAGUUAGUUAUGCCACCAGUGCCACUAAAUCGUCCACCAGCUCCACCAGCUCCUCCUCAAGCAUCCAGUCCGGCACUCCAGCCUCUAAGAACAAGGGCACAAGCCAUCUCACCAAAGGACAGGUUGUCGGCGUUGGGCUGGCGUUGUCUGUUGGAACCAUGUUUCUAUUUACAGCUGCGGCUGCCGGACUGUACUACGCAAGUAACAGGGCCACCAGAAUUGCACCGCUGUAUUCCAGAGUGGGUGAGGAAAAGAUGGUGCAGGCGGUUCCACCGGACCAGGUGAUGAACAACAUGAGUAAAGCUAAGGCUUCAUAG